GGGGACGCGCAGGGCCGGAGCGGCCGCGGCGCCCGGAGCGGGCCGGGAGCAGCUUUAGGUACCAAUCUGGCUGCAGACCCCACGCAAUGGAGGCUGGCUCUGUGGUACGAGCGGUUUUUGAUUUCUGUCCCAGCGUCUCUGAGGAGUUGCCCCUCUUCGUGGGAGAUGUCAUUGAGGUGCUGGCUGUGGUGGAUGAAUUCUGGCUCCUCGGCAAAAAGGAAGGUGUCACAGGGCAGUUUCCUAGCAGCUUUGUGGAACCUGUGGAUAUUCCCCCUUUGAAGCAGGGAGAAAAGCUGUUUGUUUGUACCAGUGACUUCACAUCUCAAGAGCCAGGGAGCUUGUCAUUGCAGAGAGGAGACCUGGUGAUCCUGGGGGGUUCCCUGGCCUCCAGCUGGCUCCAGGGCCGAAGCAGCUGGGGUUCCAAGGGCUUUUUCCCCUCAUCAUGCGUGCGGGAGCUGUGCCUUUCUACUCGGAGCCGUCAGCUGUCCCAGAGCGCUCUCCUGGAGGUGCCUGCCUACUCAUUGGGCCAAGCCCGGGCCCUGAUGGACCUGUCUGCUCAGCUGGAAGAGGAACUGGACUUCAGGGAAGGGGAUGUGAUCAACAUCGUUGGCAUCCCAGAGCCUGGCUGGUUCGAGGGGGAGCUCCGAGGCCACAGGGGUAUUUUCCCAGAGGGUUUUGUGGAGCUGCUUACUCCUCUGAGAGCAGCAGGAACCUCAGAGGAUCCAGAGCCCAGAGGGACUUGUGACACCAACGGGACAGUGGAGGUUCCCACCAAACAGGAGGAGGACAGCAGAGAGGAUGGAGGGCAGGAGCCAGGGAGCACCUAUGGUGUUGCCCUCUACCAGUUCCAAGCCCUGGAGUCCCAGGAACUGGAUUUUGAUGUGGGCGACAGGAUUCGGAUUGUGGGCAUUCUGGAGGAUGGCUGGCUAGAUGGGGAGCUGAGGGGGAAACGCGGCAUCUUCCCACACAGAUUUGUGAGACUGGAAGCUUCCGACCCUUGCAGGGAAAAGGUGGGUGCUGGAGAUGCCCAGGUUGGAGUCAGCUGUGAAGCGACCACCCAGCAAGACCCAGAGAGCACCUGCUCCAAAGCUCUCCCUUUGCCAGGGCAAGAUGGCAGGGACGUGGAGGAUGGCUCUGUUGCACACCCUGUGUCUGACACCAUUACAUCUCACAUGGCGGAGAGGUCGGAGGGUCCUCUGGGCACUGAUUUGAGACAGUGUCAGGCCUUUCCUGACGCAGGACUCCAGGGGCCACAUCCCAAAGCCACAGCAGACUCCCUCCCCUCUGACUGCACAAAGACAGUCAAUGGCCUUCAUCCCCCUGCUCAGCUGCCCCCACAGCAGAGCAGCAAGCCUGGCCAAGCAGGUGUACUGGAGCCUCAGGCCCUGCCUGAGCAUGAUGGAGACAGUCCUGCCUUGCCCCAGCAGGCUCCCUGCUCCCCGCCAGACACUUGCAGAAGCCAGGUCAUUUCCCCUCCUAACAGCUGGGCAGCACCAGAGCCCCAGGAGAACCAGAGCAGCGCCCAGGACUUGGAUGGUUGGGUGGACAGUCAGCAGGAGAAGUCCAAAUCUUGUUCCUCCAGCUUGGGAGGUGCCCACAUGGGCUCGGACACCUGGUCUGGGACGUGGGGGGAAUGUUCCCUUCUCACAGCGCAGGGGGAUGGCUGCACAGACCUCGACUCCAAACUGACAGAGCAGCUGGCACAGUUUGAGAAGAGUCUGUCGAGUACCGGUGCUGAGCAGGACAAGGUCUCCCGGCACUUCUCCAUCUUGGACUAUAGCUCUGAGAAGGACAUCGUUCGUGGGUCUCCUGAGCCUGCCUCCCACGCCAAGCAGCCAGAGAGGAGGAAAGCCCUGAGGCCACCCCCUCCUCGGCCCAGCACCCUCGCGACAGCCCCUGUGCCCUCGCAGCCCGGCCGCCUUCCCAAAGGCAGGUCCCUGUCGUUCUCGGUCAAGCCCUCCCGGCCCGCGCCUCGGCCUCCGUCCAGCAGUCAGCGGAGGAGCCUGGCCCCUCCGCAGCUGCAGCCCAGCGCCCCGGAGCAGCGUGCAGAGGAGGGCCGCGAUGACUUGAUGCAGACAGGAGCGGCUUCCCCCUGCUCCAUCCUGCUGACGAGGAUCGGAGAGGUGGAGCGGGACCUGGAGGCUUACGGGAAGACCCGCGCUGAGCUGAGCUUGAUGCUGGAGGAGCAGCAGGAUGAGCUGGUGAGAGCGGAGACCCUGGAAAACCUUGACUUCUGUGAUUCCAACAUCGAGAGCCUCAGCGUGGAGCUGCAGGAGCUGAGAGAGAUGACCCUCCUGUCCUCCCAGACACCAUCCCUGGAGACAUCCUCAGCUGCCAGUGAGAGCCCAGAGCACAGGAUGCUGGAGAAGAGGUCCAAGGUUAUUGAGGAACUGCUCCAGACAGAGAGGGACUACAUCCGAGACCUGGAGAUGUGUGUGGAGAGGAUCAUGGUGCCCCUGCAGCAGGCACAGAUGCAGAGUGUAGACUUUGAGGGUCUUUUUGGAAACAUCCAAGUGGUGAUAAGCUUCUCUAAGCAGCUGCUGUCCACCUUGGAGGCUUCAGAUGCCAUUGGGCCGGUGUUCCUGGCACAGCGUGCAGAGCUGGAGAGCGUCUACAGGGUGUAUUGCCAGAACCAUGAUGAGGCCAUUGCCCUGCUGGAAACUUACGAGAAGGAUGAGAAGAUCCAGAAACUACUGGUGGACCUGCUGGAUAGCCUCAGGAGCCUGUACAGUGAGUGGGGCUGCACAAACUACAUUAACCUGGGCUCCUUCCUCAUCAAGCCAGUGCAAAGGGUGAUGAGGUACCCGCUGCUGCUGAUGGAGCUGCUGAGUGCCACCCCUGAGUCUCACCCUGACAAGGCUCCGCUCACAGCUGCUCUCCUUGCGGUCAAAGAAAUCAAUGUCAACAUCAACGAGUACAAGCGUCGGAAGGACCUGGUGCUGAAGUACCGGAAAGGGGAUGAAGAUAGCCUCAUGGAAAAGAUCUCCAAGCUCAACUUCCACUCUAUCAUCAAGAAAUCCAACCGUGUGAGCAGCCACCUCAAGCAUCUCACAGGCUUUGCACCCCAGCUGAAGGAUGAAGCCUUUGAGGAGACAGAGAAAAAUUUUCGGAUGCAAGAAAGGCUGAUCAAGUCCUUCAUCAGGGACCUUUCGCUCUACCUGCAGCACGUCCGGGAGUCAGCCUGCAUGAAGGCGCUGGCAGCGGUCAGCAUGUGGGACCUGUGCACGGAGAAAGGCAGUGGGGACUUGGACCAGUUCCAGAAAGUGAACCGGCUCAUCAGCGACCAGCUCUUCUCCAACUUUAAAGAGCGGACGGAGCGGCUGGUGAGCUCGCCGCUGAACCAGCUGCUGAGCAUGUUUGCGGGGCCUCACAAGCUGGUGCAGAAACGCUUCGACAAGCUCCUCGACUUCCACAACUGCACAGAGCGAGCAGAGAAGCUGAAGGACAAGCGAACACUGGAGGAGCUGCAGUCGGCCCGCAACAACUACGAGGCCCUUAAUGCCCAGCUGCUGGACGAGCUGCCCAAGUUCCUGUGCUUCGCCAAGGAGCUGUUUGCCAGCUGCGUGCGGGGCUACGCCGAGGCACACUGUGACUUCGUGCGCCUGGCCCUGGAGGAGCUGAGGCCCCUGCUGUCGUUGCUGAAGGUGUCUGGCCGGGAGGGGAACCUCAUUGCCGUCUUCCAGGAAGAGCACAGCCGGGUCCUCCAGCAGCUCCAGGCCUUCACCUUCUUCCCAGAGUCCCAGGCAGCUCCCAAGAAGCCUUUUGAGAGGAAGACCAUGGAGCGUCAGUCUGCCCGGCGGCAGCCGCUUGGUGCCUUGCCCAGCUACCUCCUGCAGUCGGACGACAUCCGAGCUGCCCUCCUGGCCCGCUAUUCCCCCGACAGCCUCUUCCAGGCAGAGCGCAAUUUCAAUGCUGCCCAAGACCUGGAUGUCUCGCUGCUGGAGGGAGACAUCGUGGGGGUCAUCAAGAAGAAGGACCCCAUGGGCAGCCAGAAUCGCUGGCUCAUAGACAACGGGGUGACCAAGGGCUUUGUGUACAGCUCCUUUCUGAAGCCCUACAACCCGCGCCGCAGCCAGUCGGACGUCUCCGUGGGCAGCCACUCUUCCAACGAGUCCGAGCACAGCAGCUCCUCCCCGCACAGCAGCACCACGCUGACCUUCAGCCCCAGCGGGGCAGCCGUGGCCUUCACUCAGAAACCCCUGCAGGACUCUGCCUCCCCAGGAGACCCGUACCAACCCCCGCAGUCCCCUUCGCAGACGGACUCCCCCUCUGUGCCCCAGCUCAGCUCUGGUGACAGGACGGAGAGGCUGGAGGCUGGUGUGGUGACAUCUCCACGCCGCUACAGCCGCCCUGAGCCAGGCUACAGCCCCGGCCCUCGCAAUGGGCACCCCGCCAAAGCGCGGCUCAGGCCUGUGUCCUCGGUGGAGGAGAGAGACUCCGGGCUGGAGAGCAGCGAGUCAGAGGGCAACCAGCAGGUCUAUUACGCGCUCUACACCUUCAAAGGCCGAAACACCAACGAGCUGAGCGUGUCAGCUAACCAGAGACUCAGGAUCCUGCAGUUUGAGGACAUCACAGGCAAUCGAGAGUGGUGGCUGGCCGAGGCCCACGGCAAGCAGGGCUACGUGCCCUCCAGCUACAUCCGGAAGACGGAGUACACGUGAGACAGGGGGCAGGAGCCCCCACCCUGUGCCUUGGGACUGCCGGGGGCCCUGCAGCCUCCGCUGCUCACGCCAGGGGGCUGAGGCUGUGCCUCCUUGCAGCCCUGCAGUGCUUCCAGCCCCAUCGUGCUGGCUGCCAUGGGCAGGAGGAAGCGUGGGCUGGCAGGGCAGGCGGCUUGCCUGAGGGCAGGGGUGAGUUGCUGUCACCCCGUGCUGUUCAAGCCUCCUGCCUCCAGCCAGGAGCCGGGGAGCAGAGCAUGGGGCCAUGUCCCAGAAGGGAAUGACUCAACCGAGGCUGAGCUGCUGUGGAUUUCGACUGUGGAAGUCUAUUGCUGAGUCCAUCUUUAGCGUUAAAAGCAACCUGUGAAUGCAUUCCCAGUGCCUUCUCAGCAGCAGCAGGAGCCUGGUCUAUCCUGUCUGUGCAGGACCUCAGGGUGGGACAUCUGUGCUGGCCUGAGGAAGCUGCUCUGAGGAUUGCUGUGAGUAGUUCAGCUUCAGAGCCCAGCCUUCAGGAGCACCCACGGCAGAGCCCUGAUGGGUGCUGUGUCCAUGCGCUUGGUCUCCCAGGGGCUGGGGCCUCUCUGAGCUUUCUUAGCUUAGAACUAGAAACCCCUAUUGGGGGGUUGUCCAGGCUAUCGGGUUCUCAGCUCCCAGAAGAGCCAUAGACCCUGAACACCGUCUUCCAUUGUCAGCACUGUGCCUCCAGUGUCCCAGACCCGCCUCUUUGCUCUAGCAGGGCUGCUCUGGGGCGGGGCAGAAGGCAAAACACAGGCUGUCCUGCAGCCUCAUGUUCUGGGGCUCUGACCAGGAGUGCCUCACCUGUGCCUGCUGCAGGGCACUGGAGAUGGUGCUUAUGUUCUGGGAGGGAUGCGGUGCCCUUUGCAGGGGUGGCGUGUCUUAUGUGCUGCUGCCAUGCCCUGAAGGAGGGAAGCUCCCUUCUCCUUGGGGCAGUGUUUGUGUCCCCUGUACUGCUGCUCUGUAAAUAAACGUUUGCCCUUGUA